AUGACCAUGCAAGUCUACGCCAGUAGCAUACAUCAGUUUCAACGUAAGAUCUCCCAGCAUCAGAAGAAGAAAUGGCAGGAGAGCCAAAAGCAGGGUGCCUGGUUUGGUCCCACGUCGGAGGAACCAAAUCAGAUUCGAUAUGCCGGUAUCACCGCAAAAAAGAUCGACGAGCAUAAUCUCACCAUCGUCAUCGCCGUCCGAGACGUCGUCUACCCGCUAGACUUUCUGGAGCACCACUUCCAUGUCCCCGAGCGGAAUCUUGAUACCAGUAUCACCGAUUUCGUGCUUGAGCAGCUUCGAAAAUACAGUGCAAAUCAUACGGAGAAGUUUGUGGGCGCUUGUCUCACAACGGAGCUGACGGAGAAAUGUCCGCGACUAGCGCCGCGUCUCUGGUUGGAGCUUGACGUGAUGCCGUUGGUUAUACCACAACGCGAUGCAUUGGGCGGUCGGUACGAGCAAGAGGCUCCCUGGGAGACCAGAGAGGCGGAUGAACAGGCAGAAUAUCUGGCGAUGAAAUGCGUGAGGUUGUUUGGUCCAAAUAAUAUACCCCUGCUGCAAGUGGGAUUCCGUGGUCUGGUCGAGGUGGAUUCAGGAUUCCUGAUGCAUUUUGCAACACUCGAAGACUAUCGACGCACCUCCAGUGAAGAGACGUGGGUUGCCUUGGAACAUUUCGCCGCGCGGGUCCGCGAAAAACGAGUGCGAAUUGCCAUCUUCGGCGCAACGCCGCAAGGAGGGGGUGUGGCGCUGAUGCGACAUGCCUUUCUGCGCCUGAGCCAGCUCCUGGGCCUAGAUAUCCAAUGGUACGUUCCGCAACCACGUUCGGGGGUCUUUCGCAUUACCAAGAUGAAUCACAACAUCUUCCAAGGUGUCGCAAAACCCGACGAUUAUCUCUCAGCAAGCGAUGAGGAGACCCUGCGCAAAUGGGUCAGCGUGAACAGUCAACGGUCCUGGUCGACAUCUGGGGGACCGCUCGAUCAUCCUUCCCACGGCGGCGCGGAUAUUGUCGUAGUCGAUGACCCGCAACUCACUGAUUUGAUUCCUAUCGCAAAGGAGAAGGCCCCCAGUCGUCCUGUGAUCUUCCGCAGCCAUAUUCAGAUCCGGACUGAUCUAACUUGUACACCGGGUACACCCCAGGCUCGAUCGUGGGACUGGCUAUGGCAGCGUGCAAAACAGGCGGAUGUGUUUGUCAGUCAUCCAAUUUCGGAGUCCAUCCCGCCAACUGUGCCGAAGGAAAUGGUGGCUUAUUCCCCCGCAUCGACGGAUUUGCUGGAUGGUUUGAAUAAACAGAUGGAGGAUUGCGAUACCGCAUACUAUGGCCGGUUAUUCAACCAAUGGUGCCACAAGACAGGAGUGCCCAUGGUCAACUACCCGGAUGAAGAGUACUUUGUCCAGAUUGCGCGGUUCGAUCCGUCCAAGGGCAUCCUCGACGUCCUGGACUCCUACGCCAAGUUCCAUGACCGUCUGACAAAGUCAAUGCCCGAGGCCAAGAUCCCCAAACUAGUCAUCUGUGGGCACGGGUCGGUGGAUGACCCCGACGCCAGUGUUAUGUUCGACACGACCAUGAGCCACAUCCAUGAAGAGAUGCCGCAACUUGCGGACAAAAUUGCUGUGGUACGUGCGAGUCCCUCUGAUCAGGUGCUCAACGCCAUCUUGUCCAAAUCCAAGGUGGUUCUUCAACUCUCCACCCGUGAAGGGUUCGAAAUCAAAGUUUCGGAAGCUCUCCACAAGGCUAAGCCGGUGAUAGUCACCCGUGUGGGAGGACUACCCUACCAGGUCACAGAUGGCGAGACGGGAUUUGUCGUCGACAUGAACGAUACAGACCGAGUGGCAGAAUGUCUCUACAACCUGUGGACAGACGAGGAGUUGUAUGCCAAGAUGCGGACCAAUGCCCCCAGGUCACUCAGCGACAAUGUCACCACCGUCGGCCUUGUCAGUUCAUGGCUGUAUCUAAUCUGGAUGCUGUUUGAGAAUCCUUCGUGGAGACCAAGAAACCAAUUGCUUUCCGAUCUCAUGUUGAAAGACCUGGGCUUGGCCUCGGGUGGUUCAUGA